AUGCCUAAUAGGACUCGGCCCAUUGAGAAGGUGGCCAAGGCUACGGCCAAAUGUUCGACUGAGGCGGCGGCAUACGGAAAGUGUGUCCUGGCAGACUAUGAUUCAGUGCACAAGGAUAUGUGUGUUAAGGAAUUCAUGCGGCUCAAGGAUUGCUUCGUGGCCGCAUCCAAGAAGGGCUGA